ACCUACCUCACCUACUAUAGUACCUAUAGUACCUACCUACCUAGGUAGGUAGUAUUUAGUUAUUCUCCAGGAUUUCUGGGUACAUUACAUGCCCAAAGACUCACGCACUGGCUUUCCCCCUCCGGUUCUCGGACAUUUUUCCCCCUCGAUCCAACCACAGCGCCACCAAUUCACAUCGAGUCAAAAGAAAAAAAAAGUUGUCUCAUAGUUAUAUACUUUCUGUAUAAACUUGCUACAUACAUAUUAUUCGGUACAUAUCGGCUUCAAAUAUACCUACCGACCGAAAUAUAUUCAUCAUCACCUUGUUCUCUCUUCAUCCUAAACACGAUAAUGCCAGAGAUUGGCUUGGGCGAGUCCAUUCCUCCCGACACGGCACAUGCCGUCAGUGUCUCUUUGCCAACAUGGAAAGCAAAUGUCGGAUACGAAGAGGGCGAGGACUGGGUUGUGAACCGUAUGACGACGGGCUACCCUCGAUUCUUUGUCCAUAAAGGUAUCCAGGCUUUCGCCAAAGACAUUGUUGAUCGCUAUGGCAGUCCUGGUCAACAGGCCAUGCUCUUCCCUACACCGCGAGUGGCAAGCCGCUGUCAAGACUUCAUCCUCCAGCGAAUCUCUCCUGAGCUGGCGAGUCAGGUCCGCAUCAUUGACUUUACUCUGGACAAGUCAAAGGAGCUCUCGCCUGUGCUCAAGAAGCUCACGUCCACCAUCUCAGCUGUGGUUUACCCCUCUGAGGUAUUUCCUAUCGCCAAGCAGUACUGGCAGCACACUGGCGAGGGUACGUCCAGUAGACGUGCUGAGUUCUGCCACGGCCUGUUCAGAGAUGACCUCCUCAUCCCAGCUGCUCGGUCACGGACUCCUCCUGAAGCCUCGCAAGGCAGACCUUUCCGCGGCCCAAGGCGCUAUACUCGCCCAGGCUCAAUCGAUGGUGUCUCUUCUCCGGCCCCUUCGACACCCAAGCAACCUUCGCCCGAGACUCCUGUUGAGUCUCUCGAGAGCUCACGUUUCCUUGAAGAGCGCUUCGGUAGAAACCUCGACUUGUCCAUGGUUGAGCGUGCCAAGUCUGCUAUCCGUAGACGUAUCGCUGGAGCCAUGGCUCAUGACGUCGAUCUGAACAAUGGCCCUCUACCUGCCAUGACAUCCAACACUCGCGGCAUGCCCAACCUUGAGGAGAACGACGUCUACCUUUACCCUGCCGGCAUGAACGCCAUUUUUAAUGCCCACCGUGCGCUCCUUCAUGCAAGAGAGCCAGCGCAGAGUAUCAACUUUGGUUUCCCUUACGUGGACACACUCAAGAUUCUGCAGAAGUUUGGCCCUGGAUGUCUCUUCUACGGACACGCCUCUGCAGAAGACCUCGAUGAUCUCGAGGCUCGACUCAAGAACGGCGAGCGGUUCCUCGGCCUCUUCUGCGAGUUCCCUGGAAACCCUCUGCUGACAUGUCCUGACCUCACUCGCAUCCGCAAACUGGCAGAUGAAUACGACUUCGCAGUCGUUGUCGACGAGACAAUUGGCACAUUUGCCAACAUCAACGUCCUCCCUGUUGCAGACGUAGUCGUCAGCAGUCUCACCAAGAUCUUCUCGGGCGACUCUAAUGUCAUGGGUGGAGGGCUUGUUCUCAACCCUGAUAGUAAGAAUUACCGCACACUCAAGGCCACCAUGAACGAAAUAUACGAAGACAACUACUGGCCCGAGGAUGUCAUCUUCAUGGAGAGGAACAGUCGCGACUUUGAGUCUCGAGUAGUCCGCAUCAACGCGAAUUCGGAUGCCAUCUGCGAAGUGCUACGAACACACCCCCUUGUUAAGAGCAUUUACUACCCCAAGUACAAUGACUCCAAGUCUCACUACGAAAAGGUCCGUCUACCGGAUGGCGGAUACGGCGGUCUACUUUCCGUUGUAUUUCAGCAAAAGGAGCAUGCUCAGGCCUUCUUUGACGCAUUGCCUCUUGCAAAGGGACCAAGUCUGGGAACAAAUUUCACCUUGGCUUCACCGUAUGUUCUCCUUGCCCACUACCAGGAACUGGAUUGGGCUGAGCAGUUUGGUGUUGAUCCCUAUCUUGUUCGCGUGAGCGUCGGUUUAGAGGAGACCACUGAACUUCAAGACACUUUUACAAAUGCCUUGAAGGCGGCUGAGGCUGUGUCGGUUACGAGCUGAUGAUAAAAAGCAAGUAAAAAUGCUAUUUUCCCUUGCACAUAAUCGUCUAUCUUCGUUCUAUAAAGUUCAUGUCAUUACGCUCCGUACCCAAUGUAGUCAUCCGUCGUAAUAAUCUAAAGAGUGAUGUUAGUUGACUGUGCACCCUUUACUGAUAGACAGAUGACAUAGAACUCACAGGUAUCGUGGUUCUUUCUAAUGCAAAAGUCUAUGCCAAUCCAA